AUGGACAGAGAACAAGAAGAGAUGCAAUUUCUUGGGCUCUUUGACAUCUACAAAGAAUCCUACAAGAUCAUACUUUCAUGGAAGAAGAUCUUCAGCCAGAUCACCUUAACUCUAAUCCUCCCCCUCUCCUUCAUCUUCCUCAUUCAUAUAGAGGUGUCCAAUUUCCUCUUCAGGAAGAUUAUGCACAACACACAGGAAAUAAUCGAAACCCAACAGGGCACACCCCAAUACAAGAAGCUCUCUGAUAUACUCUCCUCUGAAUGGGCCACUUUCUUUUUCUUCAAGCUCGUUUACUUCACUUUUCUCUUCAUCUUCUCACUCCUAUCCACAUCUGCAGUGGUAUACACCAUCGCUUCCAUUUAUACCGCAAGAGAUGUAACUUUCAACAAGGUCAUGAGCGUUGUUCCAAAGGUCUGGAAGAGACUUAUGGUCACUUUUUUGUGCACCUUCGUUGCUUUCUUUGCUUACAACGCUAUGACAGUGUUUGUUAUCUUCAUAUGGGCACUUACAAUUGGGGUACAUAGUGGAGCGAUUGUCAUUUUAGUGGUCAUUGCGAUAUUAUAUUUAAUAGGGUUUGUGUACCUUACAGUGGUUUGGCAAUUAGCUAGUGUUGUGACAGUGUUGGAAGACUCGUGUGGAUUUCAAGCCAUGAUGAUUAGCAAGGAAUUGAUAAAGGGAAAGAUGGGUUUGUCCAUACUCAUAUUUUUGAAGCUCAAUGUUUCAUUUGUCCUGAUACAGUUUUUGUUCAAGAAAGCGGUCAUGCAAGGAUGGGGAAUGAGCUCAGUAGGAUAUGGGAUAUUGUGUUUCUCGCUUUUGCCUCAUUUGUUUCUGUUUGGGCUUGUCAUCCAAACUGUGCUCUAUUUUGUUUGCAAAUCCUAUCACCAUCAGAAUAUUGACAAGUCUGCUUUGUCAGAUCACCUCGAAGUUUAUCACGGAGAAUAUGAGCCAUUGAAGGCUAAAGAUGUUCAGCUAGAGCAUUACAAUGUCUGAUAGAUAGAUCAAACAUUAUUUAUCUAAAUUGUUAUGCGUAUAUCUGCUAUAGUUUGUU